AUGAAUAAUUUGAAGAAGAAUCUUCCUGAACAAGUGGCCAGUAGUUUGUGAUGGGUUGUGUGUUCUGGAACCACUCGUUUUGGUUUAUAUUCGUUUCAUCAUGAGCUGUUUUUACCUUCCUCCCUACUUGCCUGCUCCUUUGUGUCUGCUGAAACUUCUUUUUCUUCCCAUUUUUGCCUCAAUUCAUAUUCUACCUCCGCCUUCAAGGCCUGUCUUCUGGGAAAACCUUUUUGACUGUUUUAGCCAAGAUCGAUCUUGCUUCCUAAUCCUGGAUGGCAUUUACUGUAUAUUUUGGAAUUCUCUUGUAGAUAAUCUUGUGUCAGUUCCAGGUUGUUGGGGGCUGGCUCAUAUCCUCCUGUAGAGAAAUCAGUCUCCCUCUUUGAGCCUACUAAAUUCUUUUGAAAUAAUUUACUUAUGUGACUGCCUCCUUUUCUUCAAGAUAUAGGCCCUUUAAAAAUGUUGUGAAUCCUAAAAUCUUGUCCUCAUGCUCCACACAUAAUGAAUGAAUACUCAGUAAACUUAUGUGGGGGAACUGAACGACAGGGAUAAGGGUGUGCUGGCUUUGUCAGUGUCACUUACGGUACCCAGCAUGUUGCCAGGGAUAGAAUGCAUGCUUCAAUAAUACAAUGGUUGUUAGCUGAUUAACUACCUGACAAGGUACCAGAUGAGGCCACUUCAAAAAUUUGUGGAGGGGCCGGUACUGUGGCAUAGUAGGUUAAGCCUCCGCCUGUGGCGCCGGCAUCCCAUGUGGGUACUGGUUCGAGUCCUGGCUGCUCCACUUUCAAUCCAGCUCCCUGUUGAUGGCCUGGGAAAGCAGUGGAAGAUGGCCCAAGUCCUUGGACCCCUGCACCCACGUGGGAGACCGGGAAGAAGUGCCUGGCUCCUGGCUUUGGAUCGGCAGAGCUCUGGCCAUUGUGGCCAUUUGGGAGGCAUCAUUUUCAAAUGUCAAGGAAUCCAAAAGUUGGGAAAGAACAGUAAUAGUUGCUGGGCUUCCGGUUGGUCUGUUCAGUGAUCAAUUAUUGGCCACAUUAGUGAAGAGUCACUUCCAGGAUGUUAAAAAUGAGGGUGGAGAUGUUGAAGAUGUGAUAUAUCCAACAAGAACCAAGGGAGUUGCAUAUGUAAUAUUCAAAGAAAAAAAAGAUGCGGAGAACGUCAGCAAGCAAAAGACACACCGUCUAGCAAAGAGGGCUGGGUGUGCUCGACUCACAGUCUCUCACUUUAGUGACAAGGUCUUCAACUCUGUAAGUGCUAUCCUUGAUCUUUCUGUUUUUGGGAGUAAAGUUUUUCUAGAAAAUCUGAUAACGGAUCUUCAAAAGAUGGUCCCAACUUUAAGCUUCAGCCGCCUGGAACCCAACGGAAGAGUCUCUGUGGAAGGUUCAUUUCUGGCUAUCAGGAAGCUCAAAGAAUCGUUGCUAUUAAAAGCAAGUUCUCUUUUAGAAAGAAACAGGAAUUUUGUCAGUGAGGGGAGAGAUAGGGAUAGACAAAGCUUCCAGAAGCACCUAUCAAGAAGUGGGGACUCUCUGGGGUCACCCAGGACCCUGGGACCUGAGGUUACUGGACAUGAAGAAACACUUGUGCUGGACACAGAUGUUUUCCUUUAUCUGAAACAGAAAUGUAGAGUUUAUGAAAGAUCAUUGAGUAAGUUCCAUAUUCUAAGUCAGGAGAGAGUGGAUGGUGACAUCACCACCAUUAGUUUAAGGAAUCCUCAAGUUGGUUCGUAUCCAAACAAUGUAAAACAUGUCAAAAAGAUCUUGGAAAAAUGGUCCCAUGUUCUUCAAUAUAAGCUCAGAAAAGAGACACUUCUUUUGGAAGGAAAGAAAAAUACAGAGAAAAGAAACAUUGAAUGGGCGUGUGAACAACUGCAGCCGAGAUACCUUAGGGUUCUGAUAAAUUCUUAUAAGACACAUAUUGACAUUAUAGGAUUUUCUUCUGACACCUACCUGUUUAAAAAACAGGUGAUGGAAUUAACAGGGCACAAAGUUAGUUGAAGUCUAAGCAGUAGUGGUGAUAACUGCUGCCUUCCCUUCAUGGGUUAUUGCCUCUGCAAUACAUGACCAUAGCUUGACAUGCCUUAUCUCAUUUUAUCCUGUGACAAUCCCUCAUUAGGAGCAUCACUAUCCCCAUGAUAUAGGUGAAGAAGCUAGGAUUUGGAGAAAAAACACUUGCCUGAAGUUACCUGGUUUAGAAAAAACAGGAGUGGCACUUAACUCAGACUGUCUGAUUGCAAAGCUAAUAUCUAAGGCAAAAAAACUUUGAAAAAAUUCUCACUAAAUUACCUUGGAGAAAUCUCACUUUUUCCAGAACUCUAAAAUACUUCAAAAACAAAUCUGUGAGGAGUUGGGAUGAUGGUUAUUAUGCUGUUGCCACUUUCUUAACAUUGACAAAUUUGUAUCUCCUCCAUAUAGAAUUAGAGUGCUGGCAAAAUCAUUUGGAACAGGAGUUAGAUAGAAAGUGUUUCUCAUGUAGAUAGUCAUUAUUUGACUAAAUACUAUUUUUAUAAGGCUUUUGGAUAUAUGGAGAUUUUUUUUUACUGUUAUUUAGUCUUAUGUAAGUGUUGGCUGUAAUAAUUAUCAAGAAUUUUGAAAGAGAUCCAUAAGAUUUCUAUUACAGAAACUCCUUGUGAUAAGUUAUGUAUUGAUAAAUUCAUUGUAAAUAGAAAGUAUCAUAAGUUGAAAAUGCAUUGAACAUCCUGAUUCAGCUGCACAGUGCACUGUAGCACAUGGGUUUUCUCCCCUUGUGAACUCUUGCUGGCUGGGAGCUGAAUCCUGUUGUCACACUGCUUAGCAACAUGAGAGAAUAUUGGAUUUACCCACACGUUGUUAGCCCGGGAAAAGAUCAAUAUUAAAAAUUCAAAGUACCAUUUCUUCUGAAUGUAUAUCACUUUCAUAUGAUUUUAAAGUAAAAAAAUCAUAAAUCAAAGCAAUGCAGGUUUGGAAUCAUUUGUAUUCUUACUACCCUUGAUCUUGUUCUUGUUGUCACUUUAACAAUGUAAUUGUAAAAUAA